UGUAAAGCGCGUGUGCCUGCGCCUAUUCUCGUGUCGUUGCGACUCGUCAUUGCUUCUAGGGUUUCUUCUCUGCGAUUCUUCAUCAACCAAGAACCCUAAUCCCUCUCUGUUUCUUCCUCCCCUCGUUCGAUUGCCUAAUUGAAGCCUUCAAUCGCGUUGCUGCUACCUAAACACUAGAGAAGCCCUAGUUUUUUGUCCCCUCAUAACUGUCGGAUCGGGAUGGCUUCUGGCCCAUUACCAGGUGUCGGAGCUUCGAAGGCGAAACGUAAAUGGAGCGCAGGAGGCAACAGCAAGAGCCAGAACCGGUCGAAGCCAUCUAUGGCGGCGAGGAAGGAACGGCCUGUUCCGCCUGUUUCUCCGACAAAUUCGAUUGCGUCGGAGGACGAUCACCACAUGGUGGAGAUAAGUUUGAAUUCGAUCUCGAAGCUUGAAGUCAGGAACUUGAAGAGGAAACUAAAGGCUGAGCUUGAUGAAGUACGGAGCUUGAUCAAGCGGCUCGAUCCUCGUGGUGAUGUCGACGGAAGUUUCGGGGGCAUUCCCAGAGCUGAUGAUAGCAAUAAAAAGAUGAAGACCAGCAAUGGCGGUAAGAAGGGUGGGUUUGGUACGGACAAAGGUACAGUAAUUCAGAUUUUCGAAAACUGCAACAAUUUGCUUACGAAAUUGAUGAAGCAUAAGUUCGGAUGGGUUUUCAAGGUUCCAGUGGAUGCCAAGGGGCUUGGUCUGCAUGAUUAUCACACCAUUGUUAAGAGACCUAUGGAUUUGGGUACUGUAAAGACCAGGUUGAGCCAAAAUUGGUACAAAUCGCCAUUGGAGUUCGCCGAGGAUGUGAGACUUACUUUUAACAAUGCAUUGUUGUAUAACCCGAAAGGGCAUGAGGUGCAUCACAUGGCAGGGCAUUUGUUGAAAAUGUUCCAAGAGAAGUGGGUGGCCAUGGAAAUGCAGUGUGAGAAUCUUGAUACGAUGAACAAACAGACCCGUGAUGUCGAAUUCCCUAUUGUAGAUCCAUUACCUGCUCAAACUCCUUCCAUGUCUUCGCCUCGGAUUGUUGAGAAUAGGGCUCUGGACCGAGCAGAAUCAAUGACAAAUCCGGUUGAACCCGAAACAGUUACAAUGGUCUGUGAGAAGCCAGAAGAAGAAGCUUCUGGUGAGAGGGACCUGACAUUUGAAGAGAAACGGAGACUGAGUGAAGACCUUCAGGACUUGCCUUUUGACAAACUGGAGACUGUUGUCCAGAUCAUAAAGAAGAGGAACCCUGAACUCUCUCAGCAAGAUGACGAGAUUGAACUGGAUAUCGAUAGUCUUGAUCUCAAAACACUUUGGGAGCUUUACAGAUUCGUGACCGAGUACAAGGAGAGCUCGGGCAAGAAAAAAGAGGAUCAUGGGUUUGGUUCAGAAAGAGACGCAGAAUCUAUUCACGAUAUUAACCAAGAACAGAACAAGCUUGCAACUGGUAGUGGGACAUCAAGAGUUACUGAAUCAGGCAGAGCAACACCUACGGGAGAAAACAACGUUGAUGGAUCAAGUAGUUGUAAAAGUUCUAGCAGCGAUUCGGGCUCUUGUUCUAGUGAUUCCAACAGUGGCAGCUCCUCAGGACAUGGAUCUGAUAUGGGCUGAUCCGGAAAGGGAUGAGAUGGAUAAAGGAGAGUGGACAAAAUGUGAAAGGGGAUGACGUGAGAGGCAUGGACUGACCCCAACAUCUAC